AUUAGCAUAUGUGACCUCAUCAGGAGGCGGGACAAUUUCCCCAGGUGUCUGGAGCGGGGAAGGGUGGGGGGAAUGGGGUGGGGGGGGGCAGUAUUUAAAGGGAAAAGCUGACAGUGCUGCUGAGUGAGGAACCGGUGCUCUGAGCCGCCGGGCUGCACUCGCACAUGCACGCCGAUGCACACGGACCUUGACACCGACAUGGACACGGACACAGAAACCAUAGCACUUUGUUCUUCCAGCAGCCGCCAGGCCUCCCCACCGGGGACACCCACACCAGAAGCAGAUACUACACCUCUGAAACAGAAACCAGAGAAACUGUUGGCAGAGUUGGACCGAAGUGGGCCACCUCCUGCUCCUGGGGUCCCCAGACGAAGAGGAAGCAUGCCUGUGCCCUACAAACACCAGCUUCGGCGGGCCCAAGCUGUAGAUGAACUUGACUGGCCACCUCAGACCUCCUCCUCUGGCUCCUCUGACUCACUGGGCUCAGGGGAGGCAGCCCUUGCCCAAAAAGAUGGUGUCUUUAAGGUCAUGCUUGUGGGGGAGAGUGGCGUGGGCAAGAGCACUCUAGCAGGCACUUUUGGAGGUCUCCAGGGAGACAGUGCUCAUGAGAUGGAGAACUCAGAGGACACCUAUGAGAGACGGAUCAUGGUGGACAAAGAAGAAGUGACUUUAAUUGUAUAUGACAUCUGGGAACAGGGAGAUGCAGGAGGAUGGUUGCAGGACCAUUGCCUUCAGACGGGAGAUGCCUUUCUCAUCGUCUUCUCAGUCACAGAUCGACGAAGCUUCUCCAAAGUCCCAGAAACCCUUCUUCGGCUCCGGGCUGGGAGGCCCCACCACGACCUGCCUGUCAUCCUUGUUGGAAAUAAGAGUGACCUGGCCCGCUCCCGGGAGGUGUCACUGGAGGAGGGUCGCCAUCUGGCUGGGACGCUGAGCUGCAAGCACAUCGAGACGUCGGCUGCUCUCCACCACAACACUCGUGAGCUCUUCGAGGGUGCUGUGCGUCAGAUCAGGCUGCGGCGGGGCCGGGGUCAUGCCGGGGGCCAGCGACCCGAACCUAGCAGCCCCGACGGCCCCGCGCCGCCCACGCGCCGCGAGAGCCUCACCAAGAAAGCUAAGCGCUUCCUCGCCAACCUGGUGCCGCGCAACGCCAAGUUCUUCAAGCAACGCUCUAGGUCGUGUCACGACCUCUCUGUGCUCUGAGCCACGGUCGCCAUGGUCACUGCCGUCGCCAUGGUCACCGUGCCCUCCGCUCGCCCCCUCACCCCACUCUUGUCCGUCUAGGAAACCAAAAAAUACCCAGGAUGCCCUGGUGUGAGCCGGAGGCGGGGCCGGGUAGCAGGUAGAUCCACGUCUACCACCUCUCCUGGUCAGAACAGCCGACCACUCACAGCGCCUCAAGACCUGCAAGUCAGGGAAGAAAUCCGUGCUGCAAGGUAUUUUUUUAUUGUUAUUAUUAACUUGCAAGAAGCCACCUCUCCCGGAAAGAGACUCCAAAAGCUAGAACCGGAAAAGUGCUUUGUAGCCUCCUGGAUGGAGCUGACCUCCUUGGUACUCUGAACAUGCCUUACCUUUAAGCAAGUUUUAAAGGUAAAAACCCAGAGAUGACUUUUCCAGAGAUAACUGAAGAUGUUCUCUUAUCCUCUGUCCUGGUCCACUUUGCCCUUAAGAAGUUCUUGAAAGAAAGGGCUGGAAGUUUAUUCUUGAAAUUGGACUCUGACUUAGCAUUCUAGUAUGGCACGUUUCCUUUAAGGUUAUUGAAGUGAAGAUGUGGGCAGACUCUCUGUGUUUAGGUGCCCUAAGGUAGAGCUGAGUGCUGGCAACCCCUUUGGCCAGGGACUAGGAGGCACCAGCAAGGGCCACCCUUUCCCCUUUCCAAUAAAAAUUUUUUUUCUAUUGCA